UUUGUGUGAAGUGCAGACUCUGCCUCUUUAUUUGUCUCCUCCUCUGUCUGUCCCUUCUCUGGGUUCCUUCCCUCCAUCACUCCUGGACAGCAUCCCUCCUUCCUCUUCUCCCUUGUCUUGUCCUGGGUACCAAUGCCACUAGUGUUACAGUCCUCCAGUAGGGCAUCUCUCCCAUUGUUAACUAGCAUGUAGGAGAGUCCCUUUGUAAGGUGUCCAGAAUUGCUCUUUUGUUACAGCGGGAUACAGAGAUUUUGCAGACCCUCCCCCAUGUGCUCUGUAUUCAUUCACAGGCAUCCUUUGGGCUCCUUACUACUGUAGCUCAGCAUCCUGCUCUACCUCUCUUUGUUCCUGGUCUCCCCUUAAAGUCGGUUUGAUGUUUCCUUCUCUACCCUGCAUCUCCCUCCCUUGACAGGCAUCCACUGGUCCCACAUCUCAAUAGUCACCCACUGGGUGCCAUGAUAUCCACUAAAGAGAAGACCAAACCUCGGCCUCCAAAGGACAGCAUGACUCUCUUACCAUGCUUCUAUUUUGUGGAGCUUCCCAUUGUGGCCUCCUCCAUAGUAUCUCUGUACUUUCUGGAGCUGACCGACGUUUUCCGGCCCGCACAGGGUGGAUUUCAGUGUCAUGAUCGAUCACUCUCUAUGCCAUAUGUUGAGAGCAAUGAAGAGCUCAUCCCACUACUCAUGCUGCUCAGUCUUGCAUUUGCUGCCCCUGCAGCCUCUAUCAUGCUCGGAGAGGGAAUCCUUUACUGUAUCCAGUCCAAACUGAAGGGCCGUGGUAGCUCUGAAGGAAGUAUUAAUGCAGGGGGCUGCAAUUUCAAUUCCUUUUUGCGCAGGACAGUUCGAUUUGUAGGUGUUCACGUUUUUGGCCUGUGUGCAACUGCAUUGGUCACUGAUGUCAUUCAGCUAGCUACUGGAUAUCAUGCUCCAUUCUUCCUCACGGUCUGUAAGCCUAACUACACAAGGCUUGGCACUUCAUGUGCUACAAACCCCUUUAUCACACAGGACAUAUGUACUGGAAAUGACCAACAUGCUAUUUUGUCUGCCAGGAAGACGUUCCCUUCUCAACAUGCCACACUUUCGGCUUUUGCAGCUGUCUACGUUUCUAUGUAUUUUAACUCCAUCAUAACAGAUAGUACAAAACUUCUAAAGCCAUUGCUAGUUUUCUCUUUUGCCAUUGCCGCUGGAGUGUGUGGACUUACCCAGAUCACACAGUACCGUAGUCAUCCAGUAGAUGUGUAUGCAGGAUUCCUAAUUGGAGCAGGCAUUGCUGCUUAUUUGGCUUAUCAUGCUGUGGGUAAUUUUCGGGCAUCCUCUGAGGACUCUUUGCCAGCACCCCCAAGUAAAGACGGUUUACGUGCUUUGACACAACGUGGACAUGAAUCUGUAUAUCACCAGAACAAAUCCUCAAGCAAUGAUGAACUAUCUCCCCGUCCAGGUGGCCAGGCUACCCAACGCCAGGUUCAGCGUGAGAAAAAUUCUCUUGGCAGCCUAAAACGUGCCAGCGUGGAUGUUGACUUAUUAGCCCCUAGAAGUCCCAUGGGAAAGGAGAACAUGGUGACUUUUAGCAACACUUUGCCCAGGGUGAGUACCCCAUCCAUGGAGGAUGCUGGCCGUCGGCACAUGACUAUGCACAUGCCCAGUGAAGGCUCUCGUCAGAGGACAGCAGGUCCUGAAUGGAAGCCAAAGCCUAUGGAAGGGCGUAGUCUGACACUUGGGGAGGAGGUAGCAUUGGCACAAGCCCAUCGAAGAGCAGCCUCUGAAACUUCGGGUAUUAUACUUGAUGAGCCAGACCCUGACAGAGUUCCUCCAUCACUUUAUCCCACAGUUCAGGCUCGGCCAGGAGCUCCUCGGGUACUUAUUCAGCCACGCCCUGCAGCUCCACCACUUCUUCACAUCCCUGAAGAAAAUCAACUUGGUUCCCCAAAAAGCAGUUCAGCAAUUAGAGCCAAGUGGAUGAUGAUGGCUGAAAAAGGUGGGGCACCAAGGGCAACUACAAAUCCUCCUAGAUUAAUGCAGGUGAUUGCCAUGUCAAAGCAACAGCAACAGCAGCAGGCAACCGUGCUAGGCUCGGGUACUCCAAAACAUUCUGAAACAUCUUCCUCUUCAACUACCAGCAGUUCUGACUCUUCACAGUAUCGCUCACCCUCAGAAAGAGAUAGUUCCAGCAUUGUCACUAUUGACGCUCAUGCACCUCAUCACCCUGUUGUUCAUCUCUCCUCAGGCAAUGGCCCAUGGGAGUGGAAGGCAGGACAAAAAGCUGGGGAUGCCCAAGAACCAGGAAGUUAUGACAUGAGCAAAGAUUUUCGUGGCUACAGGCCACCAAAAGGCGCUGGUGUGUCUCCUGGUUCCUCCAUUAGUGACCUAGAGCCUGACUCUGAACCACGUUGUGGACCAACUGUCAAUGUUGCUGGAGGUGUGCCAACACCUCUAAUAGCUGAAGCUAUUGGCCUUGCUAGCCGGGAAGCUAGUCUGAGAAGGAAACCCCAUACAAUCGAAAGGGAGGGUAGUGAAGAAGGGGACGAGCCAUUUUACAAGAAGAUUCAGAAUCAGCGAUUUAAGGACUGAAAUAUAGAAGAGGAAAAAUGUAAAUAUGUUGGCAUGUUGGACAUGGGGAAAUGACACUACACAAAACAGAAGCAAAUCACUGCCCAAUUAGCAUGGAAGAAUUACUCUUGUACAGAAAGUGAUGUCAAAUCUCCAUGGAAACUACUGAAAUGACAUUUUGAACUCUGUGUAAGAACAUAAGUAUGACAUACGUUUUCAUACAGUAAUGACUCAAGUUGCCUUCCUAAUUUGUACAGCACAUGGAACUGAUAGCAACUAAUCAUGAAUGCUCCUGUUUUGCUUACGAAAGACAAUUCCGUCAAGAUGAUUUUUGUAACAUUUAUAAGUAUGUAUGACAACAUUUUCUUUCCUUGACCAAAUGGGAAUCCACAGGUCUCUGCGGCUCAGUUAAAAAUUUGUUUCCCUCUGCUCAAACUUGCUCAGGAAGAAAUAAUGCACUGCACAAUGUCAAUUCAGAGAUUAAAGAUCGCAGUUUUGUAAACAAAAUAUUUCAGGCAGAAGUCAUGGUUAAAACAAAUGUAAAUUUUCUAAAGAUUUGUGGAUAAAGAGAGUGAUAAACGUAAAAAAUAAGGUGCACAACAGUAAGGUAUGAGUAAGGUUACUUUAUUCAGUAGUUGAGAACUGCAGUAAUCCAUAAUUAUAUUAACUCAGAAGACCUAAAAAACAUUUGGUGUGGAAAGUGUGUUUUACACAGGCCUCCCCUCUGAAGGAGAAUACAUUCUGUGGUUCUCAAAGGUGCUCAGUCUUUUUCAUGUUGGAGGAAAAGCUAUUAUUACACCACUUACAUUUUUUUGGCAACAAAAAUAUGUGUCCUACAUAUUCCAGUAGAAGUCCAUAUUUGAUCAUAUGAAAAAACUUGUAAUAUUGGAUUCAAAUUGGGACCUGACCCACAGGCUGCACUCCAUACGGCAUGACAGGGGUGCAUCCUAAACCACUGUUUGAAGAAUUUGUAUUCAGUUUCCACCAGCCUUUUGUCCAAUUAAACUGUCUCAAUUUUC